AUGCCUCUAGUUCGCAAACGCCGAGCUGAACAACAGCUCGAAUCUGACAAUGACGAUGAAGUUUCAACUCAGGUUGCUGGCCUGGUCUCUACAGAGAACGCUCGUCGCCGCCUCAGACGCACGUCAGACUCGGAAAACGAUGACGAUGCCGGCCCGGACGACGCUCGCGCCCCAAGUUCUGAAGAUGUAAUGGUUAAGAAGCUGGUGCGGCUAGCGCUGGCGAGUGAGCUGUCGCGGCAACCGAUUCGCCGGACAGAUAUAAGCACCAAGGUUCUGGGGGAACAGGGCUCCCGCCAAUUUAAAAUCGUCUUCGAGAUGGCGCAGAAGACAUUACGAGAGACGUUUGGGAUGCAAUUGGCCGAAUUGCCGGUGAAGGAGAAGGUGACUAUUCAACAACGAAGAGCCGCCCAAAAAGUCGACAGGCCCUCGUCCACGAACAAGUCCUGGAUUCUUACGAGUACCCUCCCUCUUGCGUACAGAAAGCCUGAGAUUCUUCCACCGACAAGAGCGCCCCUGGAAGGCACCUAUACAGGACUGUAUUCCUUCAUAAUUGCCGUGAUCCUGCUCAAUGGCGGCUCCUUGCCGGAGCAGAAACUCGAGCGCUACCUCAAACGUACCAAUGCUGAUACGUACACGCCCGUCGAUCGUACGGACCGGUUUCUUCAGCGUCUAUGUAAGGAGGGAUAUCUCAUCCGUAAUCGGGAGAUGGAAGGUGGAGAAGAAAUCAUCGAAUACAUGGUCGGGCCGCGAGGGAAGGUCGAGGUGGGUGUUCGGGGGGUGGCUGGGUUAGUGCGGGAAGUUUACGGCCGUCAGGGCAUUGUUGAAGGAAAUGAUUCCACGCCUGCAGAACGAGCGCAGAUGGAGGAAUUCGAGUCACGGCUGGCUCGGAGUCUAGGUAUCAGGCGACCUGAGGCUCGGGUGGCUGAUGAUCAAGACGGGAGUGGAGAUGGCGAAGGUAGUGAGGCAGGGCGAGGUCGAAGACGUCGUGGUGGUGGUUCUGAUGACGAGGCGGACGACGAUAGUGAUGGUUAG